AUGGCAAAGCUAAAGAAGAGAUCGAGAAGCGCCAAGUUAGCUGGCCAGAGGAAGCAAAACGUCCCGCAGGACGACAAGGACUUCCAGAAAAUUGCGCCGUUGCUCGACAAGCUCAAGUCGGACGCCACGAACGACCGGUCGAUGGCUGUUGGAGCCAUUAAUACUCUCUGCGAUACAGACCCUGAAAUCCGCAAACUAUUCCUGAAAAGCGACCUUAUUCGCACGAUAUUGACCAAGCUCGUGCAUGAUUCCAGUGAUGAGGUGGUGGUGGAGUCGUUUGGCCUUUUGAGAAACCUAAUUAUCGAGGAAGGGUACGAUUUGAGUGUGUUUUUAUGGAGAUCCGACAUAUGGACAGUUCUUGAGCAUUCUUUCAGCAAGGCCAAGAACUCGCUCGACCACAUUAAAGACGAAAAGGUGUCUGGCGAACAGCGCAGGUUAUUGUUUGAUUUCAUUGAAAAUAUCAUCGCAUGUCUUGGGUCUCUUUCGCUAGAGAUUUCCACCGAAGUUUUCCACUCGGACAUUUUCCCUAAGAUGGUUGCAAGUGGAAUACCCAAGUUUGUCAUCACGCUGAUCGAGAAGAACCUGUCAAAGAGCCUCACCUUGACCAGUUUGGAGUUCCUGUACGAUUUGUCGACGAUUUCCACGCCUUUCAUCGAGGCCUUUUCGCAGGACGACAGUGUCAAGCAGAUCUUUGGCAGUCUGAACGUUUCCAACGACCUUUCCAAGGUGUACCUUCUUGGACUACAUUUCCAGACGCUCGAGUUCUCCAACGGUUUGGACGACGACCAGACAGUGCAAAUAGCAGACAGUCUGCUGAACAUCACCAAUAAGCUUGUGGACACUGCUCCGGAAGAAAAAGAGAGUUUAAAGGCCUUUGAGCUCACAUUGGACAUUUUUGCCACCAUAGUGGAGAUCAAAAGCGAGACAGAACUACAGAGCACAAAGUUAGCCGCUGUGUUUGAGUCACAAGUUGUGCCGUUUUUGGCCAAAGUGUUCCAGUACGCCAGCGUCAAGGUUCUUGUUUGUCUGACAAACAUUCUGUAUUUCUACCGUGGAGAAGUUCCCCAAUCCUGUUCUGAUGUGGUGCAGACGAUCAGACCGGCUGUUUUGCAACAGUUGUCCCAGAAAUUGGAGGAACGCGAUCUGGAAGCCGUCAACCUGUAUCUUGGAUAUGUGGAGGUUUCUGAGGACUUGCAAGCCACCGAGGAGCUUAGACUCGUUGGCGACGCGUUGGUCAAGCUGGCGUUGCAACUGGACAAGAUUACUCCAGCCUCUACGGAGCUGACGAACCACGUGAUGCGGAUCCUCACUGCUCUGGGCAAGACGAGCCAGGACCUGGAUUUUGUGACCAACAUCACCAAACUAAUAGUGGACAAGAACUUUGUGGAGCCGAUCAAGUACUACAACUCGACGAGGCUCGGAGAGCUGCGCAAAAAGCACCAGUACCUACUUGAAGACGUGCUGGUUGGGGCCGUGAACUGCAUAAUAGACCUCUACGACGACGACUAUUUCUACAACAAACCACUUUAUCACGAGGGGGGUCUGGGCGACGUUCUGAAGAGUCACCUGGCCGACUACAAGAAAAUCUACAAGGCUAUCGACAAGAACAGCCAGCCACAGCUGAAACAGGUGUCGGAAGAAACUCUCCAGAAUUUGGAGAGAUUCGUUCGCUACAAGGACGGAGAGCUGUAA